UGAAGGAGGAGGAGGAGGAGAAGAGUAUAAAACGUAGCCAUCAGCAGACGGCAAAGGCAUAGCAGGGGCGACAGUCUCUCCAUCCACUCUUCCCCCAUAACGCUUUCCCGGCCCAACCUGUGCUGCUGCAGCCAUGGCUUCCUGGACUAGCUUGGCUGUGUUGUCCGCGUUAGUGGUUAGCGCAGUGAGUUUUCCAGACGGGGCUUACAACAUCCCUCGAGUGGGCACAGGGAGGCGCUCUCAGUACUACGUCCUUCACAGCGACGGGACCUACAAGUAUGGCCACGAUACUGGUGAAGGGGCCUUCGAGAGUGCCAAGCUAAACCCAGGUGGAGAACUGGAUGGUGAGUUCGGCUACAGAGACGACGACGGCAAUAACGUGAACCUUCAGUAUAAAUCAGGACAAGGCGGCUUCGUAGCCAGAGGUGACCAUCUGCCUGCCCCUCACCCUGAUUUCGAAGCUGCUCAUGCUGCAGCCAGGGCACGCCGACCUUUCGUCGAUCCUUUGGCCGACACAGGCACUGACGCCUCCUACAACUUCCAGUUUGCAGGAGAAGGACAGACAAGAACCGAACAGAGCGAUGCCGAUGGCAACGUCAGAGGAUCUUACACCUACACUGAUGAGGAAGGAAUCACAAGAACUGUCAAUUACGUAGCCGGUCGGGAGACUGGAUUUGUCGUCGAAGGAAACGACUUGCCGCUAGGUCCAGUGGAGUCUGGGUUAACUCCAGCAGCAACCCGGUUAGCUGGAGCUAGACCUACUUCCACUAGCCAGUUUUCUGGAUCCCGUGCAGCAGGGGCUUCAUUUGGAAGCAGAGCUUCGACAUCUAGCUCUACCUCUGCCAACCAAAGAUUUAGUGGAAGUAGAACCACUGGAUCCAGUUUUUCAACCUCAACAGGACAAGUGUUUGGAAGUGGACAAGGUACUGCAGCUAGCCACUCAGCAACAAGAGAUUCUCGCCUCACCCCUCAGGCUUCUGGGUCCCACUUUGGAAAUCGCAUCUCUUCAUCAAGAGGGUCACAGUCGACAUUCAGUGCGGCCUCUCCUUCUCGCACUCCAUCUACUUACAGAGCUUCCAUCUACAUCUCACACAGUAGCACUGGAAGCACCUCUUUCACAGCUCAACAUUCAUCUGUCCGUAGACCGCAGCAAGCAUUCUCUGGCUCAUCCUCAUUAUCUGCUUCUAAUCGCAGAGUACCUUUUGAAGAAGCCAAUACUCGCAGUGAAUUGAGACCCGAUGGAAGUUAUGCUUUUGCAUACGAUACUUCCAGUCACUCGAGGUCAGAAUCUGGAGACAGUGACAACAAUGUUGAUGGUAAGUUUGAUUUUGUAGCUGAUGAUGAUGGCCAGAGACGAGAAAUUCAGUAUGAAGCUGGUCGGGACACAGGGUUCAUUGCAGAAGGAGCUCACAUUCCUGUGGGCCCUGAGGUACCUGGUGCCCCAUCCGGUCAACCAACAGGAAGAAUUGUCCCAGUUCAAGAGGUUCCAUUUGUUGACCCACUUGCAGACACAGGACUUGAUGCAUCAUACGAUUUUGCAUUCAAUUCCGAGCAGUAUUCAAGAUCUGAAACUGCCGAUGCUGAUGGCAACGUUCGAGGAACUUACACUGUCGUAGAAGAUGAUGGCACUCGACGUACUUUCAAUUUCCGAGCUGGAAAGGGCGUUGGCUUUGAAACUGAGCAAGUGUCCGUUUCCCAAGGUCCUCCUCCAUCAAAACCAGCUGCUUCUCCAGUCUCUCCUUCAUCAUCUUCAACCUUUAGGGGAGCAAGCACAGCAGGAGCUUCAAGCUUCAGUAGUUCAGCUUCCUCCAGUGGAUUAUCCUCUUCUAGCUCCACAUCAUUUCGGGGCACUGGUGCCUCUUCCUCUACAUCCGCAUUCCGUGGUGGUUCAGGUCUGAGAACCACUUCAUAUGGAGCACCAACCUCUUCCUCUAGUGCUUUCACAAGUUCUACGUCCUCUCGCCGUCCUGCGUUCCCAUCUACAUCAUCGACCCAUAGCACAGGGGCUUCCGCCGCGACUUCUACAUUACGCGGAGGUUCUGGUCUGAGUGCCACUUCGCAUAGAGCACCAUCCUCUUCUUCCACUUCUUUCAGACAGUCUUCGUCUUCUUCAGUGUCUUCUGCUUCUAGAACACCACUGAGAAGUUCGUUCACUCCAACGGCCGUGAAGGAAGUUUUCCCCGGCUUCCAACUUCACCAGUACGACGCUUCAAAGAACCCAGAAAAAUUCGGGUACGUUCUGACCUUCGAUAACUAAAUCAGAGGGCUGAAACCGGGCCGAGAAGUUGUCAAGGAAAGCUGUUGCUGUUUCGGAAACCACGUUACACGAGUACAGACUUGCUCAGAUAUAAAAAAUCAAACCCACCCACACUCAGAGACAGAAGAAACAUCGCACACUUGACAAAUACGACUCCCUGCAUGCGAGCCAACAGUCCCAAUAUACCCCAAAACCUUCCAACAAAGACACAAGGUGACGGGAACACAGUGUUCAUUUGGAUCCAUUCGCUUUGACAACGCUACAUGAGUUACAGACAGACAAUAGCAAACUGAAUCAUUUUCAUGCCAUACAUAAUGUAUUGUCCUUUGUGUAUAUUUAUACUCCAGUCUUUGUAAACAAUUGUCAAAAAAUAACAAAAAAAUACACAAAACCCUAACAUAUGUACACAAGUAUAACAUUGCAAAUGUUCUAAUAAAAGUUUUUGAACGA